AUGAGCAACAGCAGCAGUGAAUGCAACUUCACAGACAUCGACAGACUAGCGAGGAGCCUGCGCUUGGGCAUCUCCAUCCCCACCUUCAUUCUUGGCUUGGUUCUCAACAGCCUGGCCCUCUCUGUCUUCUGCUGCUGUUGGAAGAAACAGACUAAAACCUCAGUUUACAUGAUCAACCUUACACUUGCUGAUUUCUUGCUGCUUCUCUCCCUCCCUCUCAAGCUCUACUACUCCAUCGUGGAAGCACCCGGACUCCUCUGCUCCUUCAUCGAGUCCCUUUAUUUCAUCAACACCUACAGCAGCAUUUUUAUCACUGCCUGCAUUACUGCAGACAGAUAUCUCUGCAUAAGGCACCCGUUCCAAGGCCGAGCAAACCAGUCCCCCAGAGGGGCUGUCAUGAUUUGCUGCUUCAUCUGGGCAGUCUCCUGGCUUUGCAGCAGCUCCAUCUACACCUUCCACAAGGCAAACUCUUUCACGUGCUUUAGCAACAUGGCAGAGCAGGUGUGGAGCAUCCUCCUCAUCAUUUCCCUGGAGGUCUUUGGCUUUCUGAUCCCACUCACCGUGAUGGUUUUCUGCUCUGCCCAAACCCUCUGGAUACUUCUGAGUCACGAAGGCCAAGCCACGAAGCGAGCGGAGGGCGGCGGCACCUCACGUGUCAUCGUCACCAACCUGGUGGUGUUUUUGGUGUGCUUCACACCCUUCCACCUGGCCCUCUGCCUGCAGUGCCUGGUCAGACAGCAUGUGAUAGAGGAGUGCAAGCUGAAACAAACCAUCAGCCUCUUCAUUCAGGUGGCAAUGCUCGUGGCCAACCUCAACUGCUGCCUGGACGCCAUCUUCUACUACUUUGCUGCCAGAGAAUUUCGGGACAGAACGCACCUGAAGAAGGUUAUUGAAGGAUGUUCUGCCCUGAAGCCUUGUGCCAGGUGA